GUACGUGAAUAGAAAAAGCUCAAGAAAUUCAAAUGAGAUAUGACUAAUGAGGGUCCAUGAAUAAAAAUUAAGAUAUGAUUGUCUCUUUCUAGUGAUUCACUGAGCACCUGCCUCCUCAGUAGCUAUAUCAUUUAUUAGUGUCACAGAACAAGGUUUUUUACCAGGUUGGUUUGUCAUGUUCCCCAGGAGCACCAAAGAUUCUCCAUUUUUUUGAAUUCCAUACUUUUACCUUGAUGAUCUACAUGUGGCACCUUGUUCACUGGUUCUGAGUUUCCACUUGUCUCUCUUCCUCUCCCAUGGACACCACCAUUUUAGGGAAACUUCCAAAAUUGCUUCAUGUGAUUCUGGUUUUGUGCCUUUCAGGAGAGACUUUACAAAACAUAAUGGUACUUUGAGAAUUUCUUUCUUUUUUUUUUUUUUUUUUUUUUUUUUUUUUUCUGGGUGUUUCAUGAAAGAUUUGAUUUUGGUUUCUUGCUGAAGUAUUCUUUUAGUUUCAUGAGUCUUUUAGGCCCAAUGGUUGUUGUCAGGAAAUGGGUACCAAAUUUUAGUGAAAGAGAGUUGUGUUCCAGAGCAGAAAGCAAUUGAAAAAGAGGUGGUGGUGUUUAUUAUGCUUCUUCAGCUUUUUAUGGUGGGAAGAAAAAAAGAUGUCCUUUUGAAGACAAACAAGGGAGAUGUCUAAAAAGAUUUAUUCAUCCAAAAACCCAGAAUAGUGAAGGGGUUGAAGCUGUGAAGCUCCUCAUCAGCAAGAAAAAAAAAAAAAAAAAAAACUUUAUUAAACAAAAAAAAAAAAAAAAUGCCAACAGUGUGGUUCUCUCUGAAGAAAUCUCUACACUGCAAAUCAGAGCCAUCAGAUGUUCAUGACCCAAAAUCAAGGAAGCAUUUGAGUACAAUCUUGACUAGAAAAGCAGGAAGGUCAGGCUGUUCAAGGUCUAUAGCAAAUCUCAAGGAUGUCAUCCAUGGAAGCAAGAGGCAUUUGGAAAAGCCACCAAGUUGCAGUCCGAGAUCCAUAGGGAGCAGUGAGUUCCUCAACCCAAUAACCCAUGAAGUUAUUUUGAGCAACUCAAGGUGUGAGCUCAAAAUCACUGGUUUUGGUGGAUUCCAAGAAGGGGUUAGUGGUGGUGGUAAUAACAAUGGUAGUGGUGGUGGUGGAGGAAUAGGAGGUGGGUCAACUUUUGUAGGUACUUUAAGGCCAGGAACACCUGGUCCUGGUGGUCACUCUACAAUGCACUACUUUAAUCCUUCCUUUAAAACAUCAUCAACUCCUCCUAGAAAAUCCCCAUUUCUUGUAUCAGAUAACCCUGAUGGGUCUGGUUUUGGAGGUCUUACUAUUUCUGGAAAUGGUGGAAUUCGUCCAAGCAGUAGAAUCUCUCUAGACUCAGACUCAAAUGUUUCAUCCACUGUGACUUGUCACAAAUGUGGAGAGCAGUUUAGCAAAUGGGAAGCUGCUGAAGCUCACCAUCUCUCCAAACAUGCUGUUACUGAACUUGUGGAAGGUGAUUCUUCUAGGAAAAUUGUCGAAAUAAUAUGCCGGACGAGCUGGUUGAAAUCAGAAAACCAUUGUGGUCGGAUUGAAAGAGUUUUGAAAGUCCACAACAUGCAGAAAACUCUUGCUAGGUUUGAAGAAUACAGGGAAACGGUAAAAAUCAAAGCCAGCAAGCUCCCAAAGAAACAUCCUCGGUGCCUAGCUGAUGGCAAUGAGCUUUUGAGGUUUUAUGGCACAACUUUGGCCUGCUCUCUUGGUCUGAAUGGUUCUUCCAGUUUAUGUGUGUCUGAAAAAUGCUGUGUUUGUCGAAUUAUAAGGAAUGGAUUCUCAGCAAAGAAGGAGCUCAAGGAAAGUGUAGGUGUUUUUACUACUUCAACAAGUGGAAGAGCUUAUGAAUCGAUUGAAAUAUUUGAAGAAGUUCCAUCUAUAAGGAAAGCUUUGAUAGUCUGCAGGGUAAUUGCUGGGAGGGUUCAUAGGCCUUUGGAGAAUAUACAAGAAAUUACUGGCCAAACAGGUUUUGAUUCAUUAGCUGGAAAAGUGGGUCUCUACUCAAAUAUUGAAGAGCUUUAUCUUCUCAAUCCUAGAGCUCUGCUUCCUUGCUUUGUGGUAAUCUGCAAACCCUGAAGAAAAAAAUGGAAAUAUUCUUCUUCAUUGAAGUUAUGUGAAUUCUUUUUUCUUUUUCUUUUUUUCCUUUUUUUGUUCCAAUUUUUAUUUUUUUGAUUGAGGUAAUUUUCCUCCUAUUUUGUGGAAGAAAUUUGAUUCUUCUAUUCGAGCCUCUUGCCACUUACUCUUUACAUCAGAAUCUGUACUUAUUAUUGUGAA